UUCUUUUUUUUUCUUUCCCUCCGCCCCCAAAUUUGUUUGCAUUUCCAAACGAGUGGCAGCUGGUGAUUGGCGGAUUUCCGCUUAGCCAAUCACAGAAAGGCACCUCAGAGCAAGUUUGUAGUUUUCUUAAAAUCCGCAGGCUUUGCGUUCGCACACCCCUUGCACGGUUUCAUUUAAGCAUGCAGUAAUAGUACUUCUUAUUGUUAAUUCAGAUAAGAAGAGAAUGGCUAUAGCAAAACGUGCUAGUUAAGAUACCCGAGAGCUCAUGCUUCAGACCCUGAAAAAGUGCGCUGCAAAGAGCUAGUAUUUUUUUUUUUUUUUUUAAGAAAUACUUUGCAGACACUAUACUGACAAGCAAGCUCCCAGUCGCUUAAACACAAGCCAGUCGACAAGGCUGUUGAUUGGCUAAACACGCAGGUUUCCCAGGCUCCUUUCACAGCCAAUCAAAGACAACGACUUCCUGGACGAUCUCCUACUGGGAAAGCUAGGCUUUCCUUAGAGAGGAAAAGAAGGAACGAAAACGGGAAAAGAAAGAAAAAAGAGGAGGAAGAGAACUAGGCAGCGAAGCAAAUGCAAAGAUGGAUAUCAGGAAAGUGUGUCUGCUAACUCUGCUCCUGGGCUUGGCUCAGCUUGCUAUAUUAGGAAGGUGCCAAGAGGAGGAGGAACGAGGUGGAGAAUCUGUUGCUAGCGAAGAUGAAGAAGAUGAUGAUGCCGACGACGAUGACACUGAUGAUGAUGAUUCAGAAGUAAAAGAGGAAAAUGGUGUAUUGGUGCUGAAUGAUGUGAACUUUGAUACCUUUGUUGAGGGCAAGGAUACUGUGCUUCUAGAAUUCUAUGCACCAUGGUGUGGACAUUGUAAGCAGUUUGCUCCAGAAUAUGAGAAAAUAGCCAAAACACUGAAAGAAAAUGAUCCUCCAAUCCCAGUUGCCAAAAUUGAUGCUACAUCCGCCUCUACUGUGUCAGGCCGCUUUGAUGUUAGUGGUUACCCUACCAUCAAAAUUCUGAAGAAAGGACAGCCGGUGGAUUAUGAAGGCUCGAGAACUGAAGCAGAAAUUGUGGCUAAAGUCAAAGAGGUUUCACAGCCUGAUUGGACCCCUCCACCUGAAGCCACAUUAGUGUUGACCCAAGAUAACUUUGAUGAAACCGUGAAUGAAGCAGAUAUAAUCCUGGUUGAAUUUUAUGCUCCAUGGUGUGGGCACUGCAAAAGAUUGGCUCCAGAAUAUGAAAAAGCAGCUAAGGAGCUUAGCAAGCGUACUCCCCCUAUUCCUCUUGCUAAAGUUGAUGCUACUGCAGAAACAGAGCUUGCAAAGAGAUUUGAUGUGUCUGGAUACCCAUCUCUCAAGAUCUUCCGCAAGGGCAAACCUUUUGACUACAAUGGCCCUAGAGAGAAAUAUGGAAUUGUUGAUUACAUGAUAGAACAGGCUGGCCCUCCAUCCAAACAGAUACAAGCUACCAAACAGGUCCAAGAGUUUUUGAAAGAUGGAGAUGAUGUUGUCAUCAUUGGGGUGUUUAAAGGAGACCAGGACCCAGUCUAUCAACGGUAUCAAGAUGCUGCUAACAAUCUAAGAGAACAGUACAAAUUCCAUCAUACUUUCAGCAGUGAAAUUUCAAGCUUUUUGAAAGUGACUCCUGGGAAACUGGUAGUGAUGCAUCCUGGAAAAUUUCAGUCAAAAUAUGAACCCAAAAUGCAUGUUUUGGAUCUUAAAGAAUCUACUGAAGCUGCUGAAGUGAGAGAGCAUGUGUUAAAACAUGCCUUACCUCUUGUUGGUCAUCGCACAACUUCCAACGAUGCUAAGAGAUAUGCCAAGAGACCUCUGGUAGUAGUAUAUUAUACUGUAGACUUCAGUUUUGAUUAUCGUGUUGCUACCCAGUACUGGCGAAACAAAGUUUUGGAGGUGGCUAAAGACUUUCCAGAAUAUACAUUUGCAAUUGCUGAUGAAGAAGAAUAUUCUUCUGAAAUAAAGGACCUUGGACUGAUUGACAGUGGAGAGGAUGUUAAUGUUGCCAUCUUUGAUGAAGGUGGCAAAAAAUAUGCCAUGGAACCAGAAGAGUUUGACUCUGAGGUCCUGAGAGAAUUUGUUCUAACAUUCAAAAAAGGUAAACUAAAACCCAUUGUGAAAUCCCAACCAAUACCAAAAAACAACAAGGGCCCUGUAAAGAUUGUAGUUGGUAAAACAUUUGAGUCCAUAGUGAUGGAUCCAAACGCUGAUGUCCUGAUAGAGUUCUAUGCUCCCUGGUGUGGACACUGCAAGAAACUUGAACCUAUCUAUACUGAGUUGGGUAAAAAAUACAAAAACCAGAAAAAUCUUGUAAUUGCCAAAAUGGAUGCUACUGCCAAUGAUAUCAGCAAUGACAAGUACAAAGCGGAAGGAUUCCCCACCAUUUACUUUGCUCCAAGCAACAAGAAGAAGAAUCCUAUUAAAUUUGAAAGUGGUGAGAGAGAUUUGGAGAGCUUGAGCAAAUUUAUAGAAGAACAUGCCACCAAAUUAAGCAGGACAAAAGAAGAACUUUAGAAACAAGACAAAACACCAGUUUAAUGCAAAGUUACUGAGAGAUUGGUUAGGGGGGAACAAUUCUGCAUCUGGAGCGGUGGAGAUUUUGGGGUAGCAAAACAAUGCAGUAUGAGGUUUUUUUAUUAUUACAAAAGAAAUUGGAACACUGAACUUACUGAUGUGAAUGUUUUGGGGUGGUUUUUUUUAGUUAACACUUUUGAUCACCUGAGAAAAAUACAUUAUUUUUUGUGAAUAACUUGAGCUUGAUUCUCAUGUAAUUUCUGCCCCCCCCUUAAAAAAAAAGCUUUAAUAAUAUUUUGAAAGUUAUCAAACAAAAAUAUGCUUGAACAGA